CUUAACUAUAUAUCAUUCUCUUCAACAAAAGCUAGUCGCUUAAGCUGUUGCUCGUCCCACUUUGCUCUCUCACCUUCCAACCUUACCGGCGGCGAAAAUGGUUUUCAAGAGGUACGUGGAGAUAGGGAGAGUUGCUCUUGUCAACUACGGGAAAGACCAUGGAAAGCUCGUCGUCAUCGUCGACGUCGUUGACCAGAACAGAGCUUUGGUAGAUGCCCCUGAUAUGGAAAGGAUCCAGAUGAAUUUCAAGAGGUUGUCUCUUACGGACAUCGUGAUUGAGAUCAACCGAGUGCCGAAGAAGAAGGCUUUGAUCGAGGCUAUGGAGAAAGCUGACGUGAAGAACAAGUGGGAGAAGAGCUCAUGGGGUAGGAAGCUUAUCGUUCAGAAGCGUAGGGCUAGCCUCAAUGACUUCGAUAGGUUCAAGAUCAUGUUGGCCAAAAUCAAGAAAGCUGGUGUUGUCAGGCAAGAACUUGCGAAGCUCAAGAAGGAGAUCACCGCUUGAGUUACUAUCUGCGAAUCGUUUUUUGUAUUUUGGGUUUUGGAUUUACUAGCGUUUUGCAAUUUAUCAGCUCUGUUGAAUGGAUGUUAGUUUCAGUUUUGAAACCUUUACAACUUUCAUCUUUCGUUUAAUGUCAAAGAUCCUUUACGA